GAAAUAAUGUAUUUUUCUCUAAGGGUGGUACCUAUUAGACGAAGAUGGUAGGCAACAAAAACACUUCGUUCUGCGAAAUAACGUCAACAAAUAAUCGUGUACAAACUUUUUUAUAGAAUCAGAAUUACUUAAAUGGUUUUAAAGAUAUGGCGAACUUCGGUAAAGAUCUACAAGAUCGGUGUGUUCAUAUACGUUCAGCAGAACAGACAGAACAUUUUACUGUUUAUGUAAUAUCUGUGGCUGUUGGAUCCUAUUCAUGGACUGUUAAGCAUCGUUACAGUGAAUUCUAUGACCUGCAUGAAAGAUUAACUGCAAGCUAUAAGCUUGACAAGACAUUACUACCACCAAAAAAGAUUUUUGGCAACCAGACAGAAGCAUUCAUCAAGAAGCGUCAGCGAGAGUUGGAGGUGUAUCUUCAGACUAUCAUACUCUAUUUGGCACAGCAUAUACCGUCCUGUUUGGCAUAUUUUCUUGAUUUUGACAAAUAUGAAAUUCAUGGCAUCACUCAGUCGAUGGCAGAGGACCUCUACAACAGGGGAGAAAGUUUGCUGCAGACAAAAGAACAAUAUGAAGUGAGCACCCUGCAGUUGUACUCCCUCACUGAAAGGCUUAAGUUACCUGAGCCCACUUGUGACAGUGGUGAUGUGAAGAAAGAUUUGGGUCACAUUCUUGACUUUAUAACCAGAGCUAAACACUUAAAGGUAGUGAGCAGUAAAAAACCCGUGGGAUCUAGCAAUAUCUUGAUGAACAAGCUGCCCUUUGAUUUGACUCUGUUCAAAUCCCUACAAACUUUAGAGAUUUCUGGUUGUAACUUCCGUCUGGUCAAUGGACUUGAAACAGUCAAACAAACCCUUAUGGAGUUCUAUGUGCAUGAAUCCUCAUCAUCAAUAAGGGAAAUUUUGCUGCAAGAUGCAUCACACUGGCGGGCUGAAGAUGGGUCUUUAGUCGUGGGAUAUUGGGACUUGGUUAUUGAAGUUGACUUCAGUCAGAAUUCUUUUUCUGAUAUUCCUGAUAGUGUUCAACUGAUGCCGAAUGUUGAAAAGCUCAACCUCAGUCACAAUGCUAUUGAGAGCAUUCAGAACCUGCAGUGGCUGAGUCAGCUCACAUACCUGGACCUGAGUCACAACAACAUCAGACAUGUAGACUCCCUGCACACAAAGAUGGGCAAUGUCAAAAUUGUCAAGCUGGCCCACAAUAGGCUGGAGAGCUUGCAUGGUUUUGCCAAACUUUUCUCACUUGAAAAGUUGGAUGUUUCUCAUAACAAAAUAUCAGCAAUAGAAGAGCUGAGGUACAUCAGCCAGCUGCCUUGUGUAGAGAACAUCCUGCUGGUGGGUAAUGCUGUGACCAACACAUUGGACUACAGAACCAAAACUUUGGAGAUGUUCGGAGACAGAGUUCGUGAGAUUACACUGGAUAACCAGCCAACUGACCAAAAAGAGCUGGACACAGUUGCAGUCCUGCAGGCAUUGAGGAAAGCCAAAGAUAUUAAAGUGAUUAAAAAACCAAAGAAGAAUGCAUCAGCUGUCAGUCUGUCUGAGUAUAGCCAGGGGUCACCCACCCAUUCUAUUACAGAUCAGGUUGAAGGAAAAAAUGGCAGAACAGAUUCCCCAGGGCCUGGCUUAAUAAGUAGGUCAGUUCCUUCUGUGUCUGAAUGGCCUAAGAAAGAUAACUCCUCAAAUCGCAGCACUAGUCCUUACAGUCAGGAGUCAGUCUCAUCAUGUGUUGUACAAGAAAGUGAUGGGGAGCUGGUCUCAGAAGCCCACCCUUUUGAGUUCGCUGCAGCUGCAUCAGAACUAAACACCCAGCCAAAGCCCGGAGACAGCAAUAACCUCAACACCAACAACAGCAACGACGAAGCAUGCUCCUACCCCCAUGAACUCGUGCCCGAGGCGCACCCGUUUGAUCUGACGAUAGAAAACCCUGCCUCGGUUCUUUCAUCAUCCCACCAGUACAUUACUUCAAGGAGUAUAGACAACGCCAGGUCUCCGCGUAAAACCUCUUCGUUAGCAUCGACCCCGCCUGUUUGGGGUCAGAGUCCACUAGCAUCGCCUAAAAUAUCCGCCAACUCACCUCUCAAGCAGUCAGGGUCAUCUCCAGCUUUUGUGACCUCAUCGCAGGGUGGGCACUCGGAACCCUCGGAUAAGAGGAAACUGACAGUCAUGUACAGUGUAGCUGAUCUGCCCACGUUAAAAGAUCCUGGCUUUGUCCUUUGGCUGAAUGAACAGUUGCUGACCACUGGAGAUGUCACACCAGUCCUGAGCCCCGAAGAAAGUUUUCACACGAACAUAGGAAGAAAAGAAGCCAUUUUGGAUAUAUUUUGGUGCUACGCUGAGCAGCUGUCCCAGCCUGGACUGCUGCAUCCGUGCUGUGUGGUGCUGACCAAAACUAAAAUUUUCAUCGAGAAAAUGAUCGAACUGGAGUCCAACUUCCCCGGAGUUCCUGAGCUGGAACCGUUUAGUAUUAUUCCCAUGGGGAACAUUCAGCAGCUGGUGAUAGGGCAGUGCCAUGCGUUUGUCCGUUUAGAAGAAGCUUUUGUUGGGAGUAGUGGCACGGUCACCCUGUUUGGGGUGGAGCCCCAGGGGGUCAGGAGGUUCACCAGCAGGCUGCUUGAAGCCUGUAACCUUCUGGAUGUCAACAACAUCCCCGACUGCCUCAACCUGGCUGAGCAGUCUGAUCUCUUGGGCCAGAUUGUGGCCAAGGAAGAGGAAAAAACGCCUGGCAUGGCCUCGGAUCGGCUGGUGGUGGCCAUUCUGGUACGACUGAAAGGAAACGACGGGUUUAACUUUCUGGUUUUGUCGGAGAAUUCGGUUUACUGCCUGGAUACAAGUUUUAUUCACUGGCCUCCGCCGUCUUUUGAGACGAAGCCUGAAGAUUCAAUUAGAUUUAAUAUUGUACAUGAGUACUCUAUAACUGAUAGGAUUAGUGAUAUUAAGAUUCAUCCCCACCAAGACAGUUUUCACCAGUGUGUAGAUGGAGCGGCUGUGGAAUUCGUGCAAUAUGGACUGACAUUGGAGGUUUCCCUGACUAGCCUAGAGCCGGGUGGUAACCCCACGUUUGCACACUGUGACACGUCUGUGAUAGAGGCGCCCCCUACCUGUGUCAGUUACCUGUUUUCAUCCGCGGCCUACAGGGAUUUGUUCCUGGACAGGCUGACCAACCUGAGAGCAGAGCAGGCUCAUAGGAUGUCACCCACCCACAGGGAGGAGCCUGAGGGUGGGAACGAGCAGGUGACUACACCUGACAGCGGGGGAAAACAGUGGAACACCUCACAGAAAUCUGUACAGCAACAACCAGCAUUGUCAAGAACUCCGCAACAAUCCCAGACAGUGGCUAUUGUCCAGGGUAGAUCUCAGGCCAUUGAUACGAGGAAUGUGAGUGGGUUAUAUAAGGACAUGUUGAGUGGGUCGGUGAAGUCGGAUAAAUCUUAUGGGAUCAUCUCUUUAACUGAGAGCGAUAUCUACGGUCAUUCACCCCCUUGUGCUAACAUGUACCACUCGGCUUCCCCUAAAGAUGACCUGUCAGUUUCCCCAAUGUCCAACUUCUCUAGAGCCAGCAUCAGCCCUCCUGUUGGUCAUCAAGACAGUAUUAAAAAAGUAGGGGUGUACUCGAAUGUGACGGCAGAUAUAGAAAACAUUCAACGCAGCUCUGCGGCCAAGGCAGACUCGCUACCGUCAAGUUUUGACUGGAAACGUUACUACUUCAGGCCUCCGGUCACAUCCACUGACACAGGCUACCAGUCUGGGAGCUCGGAUAAAAAAAAUAACCGGAUGAACCUCCAGAUCCAGAUCCCUGGGGUGCUGGAGGACAUCGAGUCCAGCUCAGAGUUUGACCCCUCCAGCCAGGCUGUGGAAACUGACCACGAGCUGUACCUGAAGCAGUGCGUCAAGUCGUACGACCUCAUCCACCCCCUGCCCACCAAGCUGAAGCCCCUGUGCCUGAUGAACGGCAGGGAGCUGAAGAAGUUUUUCCACACGGUGAUCUCCAAGACGAUGCCGGAGUUCCAGGACCUUCUGAGAGAGGAGCUCCACCACGUGGUGUGGACCGGCGUGGUGCCGUACACCAACCCCAAGCAUGAGAUUGUCACCUUGGUCAUGCUCAGCACACACAGCAUCUACCUGGUCUCGGACUCCAGUCCCCAACUUGCCGGCAAAUCCAGACCGUCGUGGAUGACUCACUCGCGCAACCAGUCGGACUCGGCCAUAACGUGGAAAACUGAGGCCAGUGACAGCUCUGGGGGUAACAAAUUAGUCAGUGCUUAUUUCAGCCUGGCGUACAAUGAUCUACAACAAGUCAAUGUAGGUCUGUUUGACCAGUGUGUGCGUCUGACAGGAAGUAACGAGAACUCUGUGUUUACCCUAGCAACAAGGGACAGCACCAGCACGGAUGUGUUUGUGCAGAAGUUAAAACACAUUUUAUCCCUCCGCGUCCCUUCUCCUAUGAUAGAGAAAACUAAAGCCGAGAUGGAGCAGGACUUCUAUCAAGACUCCUCCCAGCGUGUGAAAUCCACCACGGAGGGGAUUGUCUUCACCCACCCCAGUAAAGUCAGUUUUGUUUACCCCGGUGAGGACGCAGUCAGGGAUAUUUUGUAUUUAGUCAAGGAGAAAGUUUUCCGGGGGUCCAAGACUGUCCCGUCAUCCGUCGCUCCUUCACUGUGGUUCUACAUACAAUGCUACCAGCUUGCACUGGAUGAAAAAUCUUUAGAGAAAUCCCAGCCUAGGAGUGUUAUAGUCACCCAGUCCCAUUUUUGUCUGGCAGUGGAAGACAUUGUGACGUACCCCCUGCCAGAUUUUGUACGAGGUUUACCAGAGAACCCCUGCCAUGAAAUUGUGGACUGCCGGCGGAUCGACUGCCUGAAAAGGGUCACCCUCUACCACGGUAAUCAGCACGUAAUCCUGCUGACCUUCUCAGAUGAAGUGGAGGACAUUGUGGUGGACGUGUCCAUAGAGCACUUUAGCCCCUCGACCAAAGGGCGCCUGAACCCUAACCCAGAGAUCAGUUAUAAGUUGUACGUCCAGAGCAUGAAGGAGAGGGACAGGUUUGUCAGGGUGGUAGAGAAGCUAUGGAAGCAGCUGGUCUCACAGGUUGGCAGGAUUCUAGACGUCGUCAAGGUUUAACCCUAACAGGUUUGUCAGGGUGGUAGA